AUGCCUACAACGCGAGCCCAAGAAGCUGCAGAGAAGCGCGGCCACCAUCCUGAAGACUCCGCGAAGCACACCGCCACCAAACCCACGUCCAACGCGAAGAAGCCAGCGUCGACGAAGAAGCCGCCGCCGACCAAGAAGGGUGCACAGCCCAAGGCCAAGACGACUCGAGCGAAGCGAGGGCCCGACGCUGAGGAGACGCGGCAGGAGGAACCCGCCGCGAAGAAGGUCAAAACGGAAACGGAACAGUCCACGAAGGACGAACAGCCUCAUCGCCAAAAGGAGGGCUCCGAGGAGGCAGAAGCCGACAAGGAGAACGCCCCUGCCAGACGUCAUCCGGCGGAAGGGACGUACCAAGCAGGUACCAUCGAGCGGGGUCACAUCUACUUCUUCUACCGUCCGAAGGUCGAGCUGGAGGAGGCCCACUCGCUUGACGAGGUCCAGCGCUUUUACAUGCUUCUGGUGCCGCGGCCUCCUCAGUUUGCCGCUCCAGACAGCACGGCGGACGCCCAGCCCAAGGGCGACGAUGAGGACCAGGAGAUGACUUUAAUUGAACCUGGAGCGGACGCCGUCCCCGCGCCAGAGCCGAAGGGACAAUCCAAGAAGCGCUUCCGCUUGAUGGUCAUUGGCAAGAAGGGCCUGCCCAACCCGGACGCUGGGGGAGGCAAAGGCGGAGGCCGCAAGCAGGUGUUCUGGUCGACCAUCAGUACGGUCGGCGACGACCUGAAGAAACUGGAGGAAGGCCUUGGAGCGAAAGAAUAUGAGACCAAGACUCGAGGAACCCGCCACCAGGCUGCCGCCCGUCUAGCGGCGCGCGGAGCAUACGCGAUCGUUAACAACGAGGCAGCGCGCACGCCCUCGCGGCGUGAGACCCACUUCGGCUACCAUCUCUCGCACCCGGACGACGAGCACUUCGGGGAGGUCCAGCAGACGCUCGGGAUCCAGCAGGCAUCGUCAUUCGUCCUGCAGGUCAAGAAUCCACUUGCGCCAGCUUCCGGGCCAGGCCAAGUAGGAUUGUCCAAGAGCCAUCGCGCAGAGUACCCAGAGGAAAUAUUGGAGGGAGUAUUUGGGAAGGGUGGACGCCGCGGCCGGGAGUCGUACGGCUUGAAGUUUGCACCGAUCGAGCGACGAGAGUUACUGGAUUAUGAGGGAGCGGAGCUGCUGUUCAUCGCAGCCAGAAGUGGGGAAGAAGGGCUGGAGACAAGCCUUGGAGAGGGCAGGGGUCACGCCUUGGAGGAAGCUGAGAAAAACGAGUCCAAGGAGAGCAUGGAUGAAGUCAUGAAGGAGGUCGCCAUGGAAGACGGCAAAAUUCCGGCGGAUCCUCUUGAGGGCGCAUGGGCGUAA